UUGACGAGAUAGUCGGUCGGUCGGCCAUACCGACGUCGCUCGCUUGCGUCCGUUUUUUAUUCGCCAGUCGCUAGUCGGUCGCGACGACCGCGACAUCAAUCGGCGCGUUAUGACCCUGUGACGAGAUAGCAUGAGUAAAGCCGAUACCUCGGCGGAAGCCGCCUUGUCGAGCGUGGCCGUCCACGUAGAUCAGUACAAUGAGCCGGACGAGGAGCACUCCAAGCUGCUCGAGCCGCAGUCGCUCACACCGACCGUGACGCCAUCUGGACAAAUACGUAAAGUUAAGAGCUUCACCGAUACACACAAAAUCCGUGAUGUGAGUACCGCUUCUGGUGCGGCGUCCGCGCGCUGUCUGCGCCCCUAUGAACAAGUGACUCCGUAUCCAGAAGGUUCUGAAAGUGGGACCAAUCAAUAUGGAGCACCCUCCGUACGAUCUCUCGCGUCCAUCGGCAUGGGAUGCACAGACGGACGUAAAAUGGUCAUCAGAAGAGUGCCAACGUCCCCCACGGAGUUGUUCCACUUAGUACGUCCUCCUACACCUCCUGAUGAGGAUACUGCGUCGCACGAGAGCGACUGCGACGAGGAGGAGGAGGAUGACGAGACGGUGCACUUGAAGCCGCGCCGACCCUUCUGGGCCAACAAGAUACAGUUCGUGCUAGCCUGCGUCGGGUACUCCGUCGGCCUAGGAAAUGUAUGGCGCUUCCCAUAUCUUUGCUACAAAAGUGGUGGUGGUGCUUUCCUGAUACCUUAUUUCAUAAUACUGUUAAUAUGCGGCGUGCCCAUGCUGUUCAUGGAGCUAGCCGUGGGCCAGUACACGGCGCACGGCCCCAUCGGCGCAUUGUCACAAAUAUGUCCACUGUUUAAAGGUGCCGGACUGGCUAGCGUGGUGAUCUCCUUUCUUAUGUCCACGUACUACGCGGUAAUAAUAGCAUGGGCUAUCUACUAUUUCUUCACGUCGUUCAAAUCUGAAGUGCCGUGGGCGAGCUGUUCCAACCGAUGGAACACAGCGCAAUGUUGGGUGCCCUUCCAUAACCACACCAAACCCAACGGAUCUCAAACGCCUACCGAGCAAUUCUUCGAAAAAAAAGUUUUAAACAUUAGCGACGGCAUCGAAUUUCCCGGUGGAAUGCGAUGGGAACUGGCAGCGUGUUUAGUUUGCGCGUGGGUGCUCGUGUACUUCGCACUUUGGAAAAGUAUCAAAUCAUCUGCGAAAGUACGUUACAUAACCACGACACUGCCGUUCCUUUUGAUCAUCGUGUUCCUCGGACGAUCCUUAACUUUGGACGGAGCGGAUAAAGGGCUAAGGUUCUUCUUCAAGCCGAACUGGGAACUUCUCAAGCAGUCUAGGCCCUGGGUGAAUGCAGCUUCGCAGAUAUUUAAUUCAAUAGGCAUCGCCUUUGGCUCUAUGAUAAUGUUCGCAUCGUACAAUCGCUUCGACAACAAUUUUCUGCACGAUACUGUGGCCGUGUCGCUGGUGAACGCAGUCACCAGUCUUAUUGUGGGCAUAUUCACGUUCGCCACUAUUGGAAAUAUUGCAUUCGAGCAGAAUACUAGUGUAAAAGAUGUCAUUGCUGAUAGCCCUGGUCUAUUAUUCGUGGUAUAUCCACAAGCUAUAGCUAAAAUGCCAGCAUCUCAAUUAUGGGCCGUUCUAUUCUUCUUCAUGUUCCUGUGUCUAGGUCUCAACAGUCAGUUUGCAAUAGUCGAAGUGGUGGUGACGUCGAUACAAGAUGGCUUCCCCGAUAUGAUACGAAAGAGACUGGUGUAUCACGAACUGCUAGUUCUUUGCGUGUGCAUGGUCUCCUUGGUAUUCGGUAUACCGCACAUAAUACGGAGCGGUAUAUACGUAUUCCAACUGAUGGACUACUACGCCGCUUCGCUCAGUAUAACUUAUCUGGCGUUCUUCGAAGUGGUCGCCAUUGCUUGGUUCUACGGUGUGGGUAGACUUUCGAGGAACAUUAAGCAGAUGACAGGUCGAUGUCCAUCUCUGUACUUCCGCUUUUGCUGGCUGGUGGCUUCGCCGGCACUACUGCUGGCGCUGUGGGUGGCCAGCCUGGUUGACUACACACCACCUAGCUACCGCCAGUACCCGUACCCAGCGUGGGCGCAGGUUCUCGGCUGGACAAUAGCCUCGCUCUCCUUGCUUUGCAUUCCGGUCUACGCGGUCGUCGUCAUCGUUAGAUCUCCCGGCAACACUUGGAGAGAAAAAUUCCGAAACUCAAUACGGCCGACGUUUAUAUGCGACUGCGGCAUCAACGGUUGUGACAUUUGCUGUUCGGACUCGGAGCCGCCUGACGACAAAACAACAAUCAACUAGUCCAUUAUUUACACAAUUUAUUUUUAGUGUUUAGCUAUAAUAACAUACUCGCUAUACAUAACUUCUGAGAGAGUACUCACCUUCCCACUUAGCGAUAUCAAAAGCAAACAAGACAAAAAGAUAAUAAGACGAGACAUUCUUCCAUCAUAAUUAUCAUUAAUUUACAAACAAACGUACUCGACCUAAAAUUUAUGUUCUUGUAAUAGUAACAUAGUUUUCUAUACUCGAAUUCAAUGGGUUAUAGAUAUCUGAAGUACAAACAGAUCUGUUGAUCACGCGGGGGGCUUGUGCUAGUUAUGUAAUGAACUUGAAGGCCGGCGAAUAGAAUGUGAACAAUAUUUUACUAUGUAGAAUUAGGUAUACAAAACUAUAGUAAUGUCAGAUAAUCAAGGCGAUACAAGGAAAGGACAAAACCGAUAUCGAUACUACGUAUUUUAGAUUAAGUGCAAAUACCAGUGACGAUGAAAAACAUAGUUUAUAAUUUAUUGUAUUGUAAGUUUAACUUACCAAUCCUUAGCAACGUUACCAUUUAAACUCGCAAUUAUAAUAACUCUUCCAGUGAAAAUACCAAUAAAAAUAUUACACUAAGGAAUGUUUCCUGAAUAAAAUGAAAACAUGAAAUUACGUCGUCAGAAAUAAACGAUAGUUAUAUAAUAGAUUACCUUAUUUAUUAGUGCAAAUUCGUAAUUUUAUCAAAAUACCUGAAAAAUGUAACAAAAAUAACAUUUGAAGUCUAUUUUUUUUAAUAAUGCCCAUUUCAUUUGUUUCAGAAACAAAUUAUUUUUACAUUUCAUUCGUAAUUCUCAUUAGAAAACUGCCAAUUUACAUUAAAAAAAAUAUUAAAUAUCUGUGAUGAAAACAUUCCAUUACGAUUGCGUUUAUAUACGAAUAGUUUUAUUAAUAGUAAAUAGGUAUUUAUUCUCGUAAACUGCACACAUUACUAGGUGUAUUUUUAACCUCAGCUGGUAUUCCAGCACUUGUGGUUACAUAGUAUUGUUUUAACUGUGCUGGCUUACUGUGCCAAACUCCUGAAAGAUUUGUAAACACAAUAUAUGGGAUACCGCACAAUGUCAUUGGAAAAAUAACAUCAAUGUUGUUUCACAUGUGUAUUGCCAGAAACAAUGUUUAGUUUUUGUUAAAUCAAUUUAUAUUUAAUUCUUAUAUAUUAUUGUUGUUACUUUUACUUGAAUACAUUGUCUGUGUGACUAAAUUUAAUCAUAUUAGUUUGUUCCUUUCAACUAUUUGAUAUUAAAAGUACAGUUACGAUUAAAGAAAAUAUUAACUAUAUAAAACUACCAAUUGAAGAUAUUUAAUCUAGUUAGUGUAAAUAUUUCGAACAUGUAAAUACGAAAGUGUGAAACUGAUUGGAAUCUAAGAAUAAUAAAGAAC